AUGACUAAGGUUACCGUUUGUGGUGCUGCCGGAGGUAUCGGCCAGCCUCUUUCCCUUUUGCUCAAAUUGAACACCCGUGUGACGGAGUUGUCGCUAUACGAUAUCGUCAAUGCCAGAGGUGUGGCUGCCGACUUGAGCCAUAUCAACACCCCUGCGGUUGUUACUGGCCACCAGCCGGCUAACAAGGAGGACAAGACUGCUGUCGUGGAAGCCUUGAAGGGUUCUGACGUGGUGGUCAUCCCCGCCGGUGUGCCCAGAAAGCCAGGCAUGACCAGAGCUGACUUGUUCAACAUCAACGCCUCCAUCGUGAGAGAUUUGGUUGCCAACAUCGGCAGAACGUGUCCCAACGCUGCGAUCUUGAUCAUUUCGAACCCUGUUAAUGCCACCGUGCCAAUUGCCGCCGAGGUGUUGAAGAAGUUGGGCGUGUUCAACCCCAAGAAGCUUUUCGGUGUCACCACGCUCGACUCCGUCAGAGCGGAAACGUUUUUGGGCGGCCUCAUUGGCGAGAAGCCCGAGUCAUUGAAGGGCAAGAUCUCCGUCAUUGGUGGCCACUCUGGUGACACCAUUGUGCCCUUGACCCACAUUGACCCAGCCAUUGGCGCCAAGGUCGACAAGCUCUCUGCUCUGCAAUACAAGGAGUUCGUUCACCGUGUUCAGUUUGGUGGUGACGAGGUUGUGAAGGCCAAGAACGGUGCUGGUUCGGCCACGUUGUCGAUGGCUUACGCCGGUUACAGAUUUGCCGAGUCCAUCUUGGACUCUAUCUCCGGCCCAGGCUUCUCCGUCAAGGUCCCCGACUCGGCCUACGUAUACUUGCCAGGCUUGAGAGACGGCGACGACUUGCAAAGCCAGUUGAACAACGUGAGCUUCUUCUCUGUGCCUGUGCACUUGCUUGCUGGCGAGAUUCUGUCCUUCGAGGACCCAUUGAAGUUCAAGGUCACCGACGGCGAAAAGGAGUUGGUCAAGGUGGCAUUGGGCGGCUUGCAACUGUCGAUAGCCCAGGGCACCAACUUUGUGGCUGGCUCCAAGAUUUAG